GUGAACGUUGUGUGCGUGUGCGUGGUCCGUCUGUGUAGUGUGCAUUAAUCAAAAACGAUAUUGUUAUCAGAACGAUAUGGUAGUGCAAAGUUCGACCGUCUCGUCGUGGGUAUCGUGAAAUAAAAAUUGAAAGAUAAAACCGACGUAAAUUACAGCGCGUGUGGUCCGUUCAAUUUACGUUAGUCGUUCGUUCCUUCACUCAUAUUAUUAUAUCGUAAUCGUCCGAAAACGAUCGCGACCGUCUGUGUCGAGUGCUCCUGUGUGUUUGCCGAUUGGUGAAAAUGGUAUAUUAAUAUAAAUUCGCGAGUUCAGUGCCCGUGAUAUAGUGUCGAAAUCCGCCGUCGUCAGUAGUUGCUCAAUUUCUUUUUGUUAUUAUCGUUAUGUUUUAUUAUUGUUGUUGUUAUUAUUAUUGUGACGAAGUGAAACGAUACGUGUUAAGUGUGUGCAAAUUUUGAUCGUUCGACCGGUGGUAACAUACCUAUAUAGUAUAAUAAAUUUAAUUCGUGCGUAUGAAUAAAUUCAUAUAUAUUUCCCAAAAGUAAAUAUGACAACUCGCUGCCUAGUAGCUUUAGAAGUGCAACUUAAGUGGAAAUCACAGCGGUGGCAAUCAUAAAUCAAUAAGGUGUAUCUGUCGGUUUUCGCAAAUGACACUGCAAACGCAUCGGACAGCACCGACAACGCGACUGGUGCGAAUAAGACUUUGAGGGGCCUCGAGCCCCCGUGGGAUGGACUGCCGUGGCGACGAGCUCAUCCAACACAAUAACAGAACGGCGGCACAAGCUGUGCCUUUUCAAUACCUUAUCAACGAACAGGCAAAGUCUAUCCUUGCUCUACAGGAAUUACAGAAUGAGGUCGGCGCGCUAUUGGAGUUUAGGGACCUGGUCAUGGACACGUUCCCGCACCUGCGUCACAAGCAGGCGUCCAGCCCGGAGCCGAGCUCGGGAUCACAGGGCGUCGGUUCCGGGGAGAGCCGCUGGGAGCCCGGGGUGCGGGUCCGCCGGAAGUUGCAGGGCCCGUCGUCGGGAUGGAUCGCCGGCAGCAGCGGGGGUGGUGGAUCCGGUGGCGUCGGACUGGUGGCCGCGGCUGGGACGGCACCGCGGAGCCGGAGCAACAGUCACGGGAAGGGCCCGAAAAGCGGCGAACCGGCGGCCACUUCGUCGGUGGGCACCGUGCAGGACAGCGGCUUCUGCACGGAGAGCAAAGACAGCAGCUCGACCAGUUCGCGGACUACGAUGACCACCAAGAACUGCGGCAAGGACGACGACGAGGACGAGUUGUGGAGCCUACUGGAGAUGAUCCAAGACAAGGGCACCAAGCUCAAGCUGGAGGUGGAGUCGCUGCAGAACCGAUUGCUGGUGGACGACGAGCGGCUGCGGCGACGCCGGCGCCGGUUACGGUUGCGGCCGUGCCGUAGCCUGGACGACCUGCAGCCGGGACCGCGCGACGGAGACGACCUACGCACCUGCUGCAGCGGCGCAGAUUACGACGUGUUCCGAGUGCACGUGGCCAACGUGAAACGCGAACGGGACGCGUUGCUCGACCGGGUCACGGAAAUGGAAGCGGAGAGCCUGUCGAACGCGGCGCAGAUCCACCGGUUGCUCGCCGAACUCAAGGCCGUCGUGUGCGAGAACAGGGAGCUCGAAGAACGGCUGUGCGGUGGAAAGUCGCCAUCGGCUGCCGCGGCCAUAGCUGCUGCGACGAUCGCGGCGAGAAAAUCGUCAUCUAGUCAUAACGGCGGCGGCUUCGCUCCGGUUCAGCCCGAAUCGUCGACGGGACCCAGUUCGUCGUCGGCCGGCCGCGACGCGUUCUACACGCCCAGCCAACAUUCGGCCUGCAACCUGUCGUCCAUCGAACUGCAGUGCGGCAAACUCCACGACGGUUCGUCGUCCGCGUCCUGUGCGUCGUUGUCUUCGUCGUCCGCCAUCAAUGACGACGACGACAACCGGGAUCGGGACCGUCACCGGUCCAGGAGGGUCCUGCUGGUCCGACCAUCCGACCCUAUAUCUCGGAACCUGGAGGGCCGCGCUCAGUCGCCGGCGUUGGACGUUGGCUCGCCCACGUUCGCCAAGCGGUUGGGUACCCUGGACGGCGUCGUCAGCAGUCCUAGCGACAGGAUUGGCAAACCCUCCGCACCGGGAUUCAGCACGCCGUUACCCAAACGAACGCUGGCCGCCAUACUCAAAACGUUCAAUCCAAUCGAACUCCAGCGUCACCUCAUCACCGUAUCCUAUGAAAACAAGAAUCUCGUCCGUCAGAUGGAGAUGUUGAACAUUUCAAAGAGCAACGUUUCCAACGAACUGAAUAAGAGCAAAGAGGACAACGAAGAACUGAAAUUCCAACUGGAGGAGAAGCGCAUCGAGCUGGAAGGGACCAUGGCCCGAGUGAGGUUGUUGCAGUUGCACCAGGAACAGCAGCAACACGGUCCCGUCGUCGCGGGAUCACAAUCAGCCGGCACCGCAUCCACCGCCGCUACAAACAACCAGUGGCUGGACCUGGUACCAUCGAAUCCGAUUCUACCUCAGAUUGCACUGCCAGGAACGCCGUCGGCGAUGGUCUCCACACCGCACGCGAACAACAACCACCUGCAACAACACCACCACCACCACCAUCAUCACCUCAAUCACAGCCAGGACGAAAACGGCGGCAGCAGCAGCACUGAGUCGACCCAUCAGACCCGCAGCGGCGGCAGACACGGCGCGCAACAUCAGCCCAGCAAGAUACCGGUGGUCAAGCCGUCGUCGUGUCCGGUGCAGCCCAGGCCGACGUCGUCGUAUCGUGGCGGUGACGCGCAACAAUGUCAGUCGUGGACCAAGUGCAAGUCGGACCAAUCGUUGCCACGCAACUGGGAGUCCAUCAACAACAAGAGCAACGGCGGUUCGUCCAUCGGCAGUGGCGUAGGCAGCGGUGUCAAACAGCGCGGUAGCAAAGUCGAUUCGUCGCAGAAUCACCACUUGCAACAGCACAGAUCCCGAAGAGAUUCGGCCGGCGGCGGAGCGUCGCUGACGCGAGCUAGAUCGCAAAACCAUCAUGCGCACCAACGCACCAGUGCGGCGACUGGCGGCGCGGCCAAAGACUUCAACAGGACCGCGUCGGCGACGGUGACCGCGGGUCAUCAGCUGCAGCAACUGCAACAGCCGGCGGCCGACGAUACCAACAAGCCCGCUGCCAAGAAACUCUUCCGGCGCCGUAACCUCGUACGACAGAGUCGUGGCUUGAUGGAAUCCUGCAAGAAACCUGUCCUGCCAGCCGUCGAUGAAGUACAAGAGCCGCCAGACUCCAUGGCCGUCCGACCUCGCGACUUGGACGACGGGGAGGACGACGAGUUUUUCUUCGACAGCAUUGAAAGUAGUCUGGCCACGAGCGCCUGCAGCUCUAGACCGCCUCCGCCCGAAUGCGAUUCCAUCGAUCUGUCGCAACCAGACUCAUCGUUGACAGCCACUUGACCGAUGACGGUUUUCCGUCACAAUAAUAUAAUUAUUAUUAUACACAAAAAAACGUAGAUACUUUGCCUAUACGACGAUGAAAUAGAAAAAAAAAUAUUGUAUUUUGGCAUUUUUUUUUUUUUACUUUCGUCUACC